AUGUCUAAAUACAAUUCGAUUACUGCAUCUUCUCAAUUUUUGGAGCAACAAGCUUAUGCGCCAAUGCUAUACCAAAAUGUAGGCCCAUUACAAACUAUGUCUAUCUACCAACAACAAAUACAAAAACACAAUUUCGACGAAUUCAUCGCUAAUGAAAUGAGACGACUACGUAAUCAAUUAGCCGAAGAAGAGUCCAAGUAUGUGAAAGAUAAACUUGCUGAAAACCCAGUGGACUUGGAGCGUCGCACGCGUUCGCCAAAUAGUAGUGGCCGUGAAGAAAAUGUGACAAAUCCUGAAGACAUCGAGGCAAGAAGCAUCAGCUCACCUGAGCGUGCAACGCUACGUAAACAACGCGCCGUUUCUUGUCGCAAAUCGCGCAUUAACAAUAAGCUGAAGAAGGCUACACAGCAGUAUCGCAACGAUUUUUUGGCCGACAAGGUAUUACAAUCGAAGAAGACCAUUUCGGAGAUGAGGCGAAAAAUUAGAAGCGUCGAACAAAGGCUGCUGGCUAAGGGUCGCACUCAAGCGGAGUUGGCGCAGUUACGUACAAUUUAUGGUGUACCAACUAUUGACACUGGUGAUGACGAGGAAGUGAGAGAUGCGGAUGCG